AUGAGUUUAGGAGCCAAAGACAAACUGUUCAUGGAGAAACAUGGACUCACGUUCCAGAAGAGCCUUGGAGAGGGCCGCUACGGCACGGUGGUCAAAGCCUACUCCUGCCACACGAGGCAGCACUUCGCCGUGAAGGUCAUCGACAGGACGAGAGCGGAGAAGCCAUACCUCGAGAAGUUCCUGUCCAGAGAGUUAGAGAUCGUGAAGUGUCUGAAGCAUCCGAACGUCGUCACAACACAUCACGUGUUUGAGCAGAGCGGCAGCAAGGUGUUCGUCGUCAUGGAGCUGUGCGUGAACGACCUCUCCGACUACAUGAAAACCAACGGCGCGCUGUCUGAGGAGCGCAGCCGGACGUUCUUGGCCCAGCUCUGCGCCGCCGUCCAGUAUCUCCACGGCAACGACAUCACCCACCGCGACCUCAAAUGCGAAAACCUGCUUUUGGACCAGAAACAAAACAUCAAAGUGUGCGACUUCGGCAUGAGCAAGCGGCUGACGUACACCGACGGACGCCUGGAUCUGAGCGACACCUUCUGCGGGACCGAUAGCUACGCCGCUCCGGAGAUCUUACGCGGUUUACCGUACAAUCCCGUCAUGGCGGACGUCUGGAGCGUGGGCGUGAUCCUGUUUAAAAUGCUCUACGACGCGCUGCCGUUCAGUUCCGGCAGCGUCCUCAAGAUGGUGCAGCUCCAAAUGAAACGCGACAUAAACUUCCUGGACUCGCACCAAGUCUCGCCGGACGCCGUGGGUCUGGUCCAGCGGCUGCUCCACCCGGACGUGGAGCAUCGGAUCAGCGUCGCCGGCGUCCUGGAGAGUCCGUGGAUGCAGCAGAGGGAAAAACGGGCAGAGGGCGCCGCAGCGUCAUCCAACGUGGGACCGGGAGAGACGACGGGUGAGGACGGAAAGGACUCGACUGAAGGUCACUGCGGAAAGGUCAAAGUCAAGAAGAGAUGA